GGAGUUUGGCUCACCCUCCUUUACACUUACCUCAAGAUUUUCAUUGCUGCCAAAGCUGCUAAUUCAGCAGAUGGAAAUAUCAAAAAAGCCAGGAACACAAUCCUGCUUCAUGGCUUCCAGCUGCUGUUAAGUAUGCUCACUUUUUUAGCUCCCUUUUUAAAAACUUUGGUGAGCUUGUUGCCUAAACAUUACAUACACGUUCUCUUCGUUUGGUACAUCGUCAUCCAGGUUGUUCCCCGGUUCGUCAGUCCCAUCGUGUAUGGGCUACGAGACAAGACAUUUAAACAGUACCUGAGAAAAUAUCUGUGUUGUACCACAAAAAAGGGAAUACACUUUGGCAGCAACGAAAAUCUUGAAGUAGGUGUAGAGGAGGGUGAGCCAGACUCCACCGAGAUAGAUCAGAUCCAUGCCUCCCUCUGUUGCUUUAUUCUUAUCUUUACAGUCUUCACCACCCUCAACACUCCUUUAAAUCUGGCUGUGAUGGCAGUGGAGUGUUACAUAGCUGUUUGCUUCCCCCUGCAACACUCACGGCUCUGUACCGUUAAAAGAACAUAUGUGCUGAUUUGCUGUAUUUGGGCUGUGAGUGCAGUGUCCAUUCUGACAGAUGUCUUUAUUAUUCUAGCAACAGAGCCUGAACGGUUAUUUUACUCCAUCAUAUUCUGUGAGAGGGAUAACCUGUUCAGACACCCAGCUAGUUUGCAGAAGAGAGAUGUUUCUUACCUGAUCUAUCUCGGUGGAGUCUGGCUCACCCUCCUCUACACCUACUUCAAGAUUUUCGUUGCUGCCAAAGCUGCUAAUUCAUCAGAUGGAAAAAUAAAAAAGGCCAGGAACACAAUCCUGCUUCAUGGCUUCCAGCUGCUGUUAAGUAUGCUCACUUUUUUAGCCCACCUUCUAAAAACUGCUUUGGUGAGUUGGUUCCCUAAACAUUACAUUCAAGUUCUCUUCGUUUGGUACAUCAUCAUCCAGGUUGUUCCCCGGUUCGUCAGUCCCAUCGUGUAUGGGCUACGAGACAAGACAUUUAAGCAGUACCUGAGAAAAUAUCUGUGUUGUACCACAAAAAAGGGAAUACAG